AAAGUGCACGCAUAGAUGCGCUUUCAGACGCCUUUUCGUCUAAUCUCUUAGUCUGUGGUGAUUUGUGCGGCGUCGGAAUCAUCCGAAUAUAAACUGUAUAGUAUGAGACGCCCGGCGCUGGAGCGAAUAGGGCGGCAAGAUGGCAUCCUUAGCUCCGUUUAACAUGCAAAACCAGCCUAGGUUCGCGGUCAAGCCAAUACAACGCCUGGACAGCAAGUGGCUUGCCAGGGAUCUUCAGUGUAUCUUCUCUUAUGAGGGACUUGCGCAGUCCUGGAAUGAGCUAGUCAAAGAUGGUGAACUGCAGGCAGUCGCCAGCGAUGCAUUGUCACAAGGACGAGAGCGGUCUGCCUGGUGCACCUGCGGACUACAGACUGGCAGCCUUGGCUGUCCAUGCCCCUCGUGCAUUCCACCAGCCGAGAGGGAGGCAUCGGAGCCGGAGAAAAACUCCGCGAUCACGUCAAAGUCUCUUAUUGAUGUGUGGGCGUGGGGCCCCCAACCCUCUGUCGAUCAACUGAAAGUGUGCCUGAAGACUUUGGUAUGUGAGCAGCACCAGCUCAGCUGGGAAGCAGCUGCAUCCACACUAUCCUCAGUGAGGCUGAAACAGCAACUGGCCGUGGCCACUCGAUACUACUCAGCACUUGUGCGCCACCGCAAGCCCCCCUUGCCCAUCGACUCUUCAGCUUCCCAUGUCAUUUCCCACACCCCAGAGACUCGUAGAACAAAGCUUCCGUCGGAACAACCAAUGCAAGCGCUGGCUCGUGUGGGCUCCCGAGCAGCUCUCAGCUUUGCCUUUGCCUUCCUGAAAAGGGCAUGGCGUUCUGGAGAAGACUCCGAGCUCUGUGGGGAACUGCUGCGGGAGUCACUGGAGGCAUUGCGGGCCAUGCCCGAGGCCACCCUCUUCCACCAGGAGGUGGUCUCCUCAGUCUGGCUUGAAGUGGUCGAGCGGGCCGACAAAUUCCUGCGCUCUGUCGUGCUUGGAGACAUCAACAUCGGUGUUGGGCAGCACUCGCGUGGCUGCAGCCAGGUGCCUGUGCCUGACCAGCAGCUGGCACUGUCACUGCUGCUGGAGCUGUGCAUUCAGCAGGGCACUCUGGGUCGGCUGCUCAGUGGUGUCCUCUUGCUCUUGCAGCUGUGGGACAGUGGGAAGUACGAGCUGGACAACAGGACUGUUUCUCAUGGUACCAGUGUGCCCCUGGUGACACUUUUGCAGCGAUUUCAAAGCAUUAGCUGCUCUAGACCAAAGCAGGUGGAAAAGUGUUCUUAUGAAAAUGGUGACAUUCCUUUGGUGAACCCAACAGAGGUCUUUCUCAGCCUGCUGACAUUGCCUGAUGAUGACUCACUCUCAGUUGACCUCCAGCAGUGUGCAGUGAUCAUCAUGUGUCAUUUGGACAGGCUCGCUAGUCCUUACUUGCCUCAAGUUUCACGUCUGAGCCUUAAAUGCAACGGUAGCCCGAACCAAGAAGUGCUUGCCAUUAGUUGGCUUUCUUGGGACGUUUCUGAGCCUAUAGCUCUAAGUGAACUGGCGGAGCUCUCAGUCAGGCAGAUCUGCUGCCUGAGCACGGGCCUUGUCAUUCUGAGUAGCUUGGGAAAAGUGUUCGUCCUGCGUCAAGACGAGUCUGAGGUGCAUGCAAUAGAAGGUUUCGGCAGCCAAGGAGUGUUGUCCAUCACUAGUCACCUGCAAGAAGACCGUUUCUUGGCUCUCAGCACAGAUGGUGACGUGUACAGCUGUAGCAACAUCGCCUCACUUCUGCAAGAUGAUAAGACAUCUAAGGGAGCGCCUACAAUUGUCCAACUGCUCAGUGGCAAAGGAGUCAAAGGCAUGUCGUGUGGUAGCAAGCAUUGUGCAGCCUUCACCAACAGUGGACAACUCUACGUUUGGGGAAGAGGAUGUCGUCCCUGUCAAGACAAUGCAGGAACUAGCAGUGACAUUGAAAGUAUACCCACCAAGAUAACUUCUCUGCGAGGACACAGGGUUGUGGACGUAUCCUGCAGCUGUGGAGAAUAUGGUGGAGGCGACGUACUCAUCGUCACUGAUGCUGGCUUGGUGUUCUCAUAUGGUCACAGUGAUGACAGCAAACCAGCUGCAAGUUUAGAUGAACUGCGAAGCAGCCCGAGACUGUUGGAUGUGUUACACAGUGUGGACGUGACACGCAUUUUUUGUGGGGCCCAUUUUAAUAUGGCUCUAUCUCGUUCCAACAUGCUGUACAUCUGGGACAGCAGUAAACAACUAGAUUCACCUGCACACCUUAAAGUUGUGGGCGGACUUGAAGGACACAUGAUCACGGAUGUGGCAGUUGGAAUUCCUUACUGUGCAGCAGUCACAGCAGAAGGCCGAGUGUUCAUGUGGAACAGCAGUGAAUGGACGUCGUCCAGCUGUGCUCCUGUACCAAAUAUGAAGCCAUUCCCUGUCUGUCUGCAUGCAGGGAAUGUUGUUGCUGGCAUAGCUUGCAGUGAGACCCAGAUGUAUGUGUGGACUGCUGUAGACCAGGGUUCUCUUAGGCUGAGAGAGCCUUUCGUGGUGGACGUGUGCCCUUCAACAGUAGAACACAUCGAUGAACUUCUCACUUGGGCGUGUGAGGGAACAGAUGUGGCCUGGCCACCACCUCCACAAGAAAAGGAAUGCAUUGCCACUGCAGCUUUGAACCUUCUCAGGCUUCAGAUUCAAGCGGCCCUCACAAAUGGAGUGGGUGCUGACCGCCUGGGCCUCGUGCCAGAGUCCCGCCUGCUGUCCUCGCUCAAGCAGCGGGUAGUGGCCCUGGCCAGUGGAGCGAACAUCCUCCCCACAGUGCAGCGGGCAGCUCAGCAGACCCUGCAGGCUGGAUGGAGCUUCCUUCUUCCCACAGCUGACGAGCGGGCACGUGCGCUCUCCUUACUGCUCCUCAGCAGUACUGGUUCUCAAGGUGCUGAAGCAGGUUCAACCCCUGGUAAACGGUUCAUGACAGACCUGCUUGUAGGAAGCUUAAUGGCAGAUGGUGGCCUAGAAUCAUCACUGCAAACAGCAAUAAAAGUUGAAAUUCAGGACAUUGAAGAUGCAAUGGAGAAGGAGACCAUGUUGGACAGGCAACUCUCCAAGGAGAUGACCAGCAGUGGAGAGCAGCUCAUGUCGGAUCAGGCAGUUUUGGAGUCGGAGACAAAAAGAAGUCAGGUGGUUUCAGAAGAUGCGUCAGCGGCGAUUCCACUCCUGCAUCUUGUCAAGCAGUUGCUGAGGAAUACCGCUGUACAGGCCAUGGCAAAGCUGCAGAGCUUCUUCCCCGAGAACGCAAGCACUGGCCCUCAUGCAGCUGGGUGCUCACUGAAGCUGAAUCUCGACCAAAAGGAACGGUCUCCGUCACUGGACCUUCUGUUGAGGUUCCAGAGGCUCCUACUCUGCCAAUUGUACCCUCGCGAAGAGCAGGCUGGCUCUUCUGCAAGUCCCGAUACUGAAGCCUGUGGAGCUGCAUCCCUUCUGUGGAAGUAUGUGAGCCUUGUGGCCUGCCAUGUUGAAGACAUCCUUUCAGUUGCUUCGGUGCUUGGCUCACUUUCACCACAUCACUUUGCACUUGCUGCAUCCAUCCUCGAACAAGAACUUACAGGCAUCCUGCUUCCGGAACUGCUCGUCUCCCUUGUCCUCCUGGAGAGCUCAUUACCAGAGAUGAUGCAUGUUGUGGAUGCUGCGCCUUUGCUGUCCCCGCUUCUAGAGAGCCUCGACUGCUUCAAUCAGCUGGCGCCUGGGGCCUUCCUUGAGGACACGCAAGACUUGUCCUGGCCGGGUCUUGGAGGGGGCACUCUGACACCGCCUCCGCAGAAUCGGCAGUGCCCAUCUGAAGACGUACUGACACUGCGCAAGGCCGACGUGGAAAAUCAUAAUCGAGACGGUGGUCUCUGGAUUGUCAUUAGAGGCCGAGUGUACGACCUGCAAGAGUUCAGACCGUCUGCUCCCUGUGGUGCUGACGUUUUCACCAAGUAUGCUGGUCGAGAUGCAACGCAAGCUUUUGAAGCUGCCUGCCACUCGAAGGAAGCAAGGGAAAUGCUGAGCUCCUUUUUCGUGGGAAACUUUGUCGAUCACGACCAAGAAACACCCUUGUUAGUGGAUCCCAGCAGCCUGUCAUCGCCACUGUGCGAUGCGGAGCGCACUCUAGCAUACCUGCUUGGUCUACAUCUGCAGCAGCAGGCCUGUGGUCCGCCUCUCGAGCCCUUUGAGGCUCAACUGCAGCCAUGGUUAGAGAGCACACUACUCCGUGGUGGUGGCCUGCUCAAAACACUGCCUCCUCAUGACCCAUUUGAGGAAGAGAAGGGAGAAGCACGGAGCACUGGGUCAAGUGCUGCCACCCCUGUGUCCGGCAUGACACCAACAGAACCAAAGGCACUGUCUGCUGCCUCAUCUGCGCCGUCGCCAAUAUCUGGCACUGCAACCAGUUGUAGUGAAGAGAGCCUCAUUGAGGCCAUUGCUGAAGGACGCCUGGAAGAACCUAUGGUUGCUGGCUUUCUGCGAGCAGUUGACACCUUUUGUGAGCAGCAGCAUCUUGCUUUGCACAUGGACUUUGGAGCUGACCACCCAAUCGAAGAAGUGGGAAGGCUGUUAUUAGCAAUGGCAGUCAAGCAUUUGGGAUGUGGUGCUACACUGCUGAACACUGCGGAACAGCUGGCACUGAAAGGCUCGUCCAUCAAGUCCUUGCCUGUACAACUCCCAGGAAUUUUGCAGGACAUUGUGCGAAUGGUUCAGCAAGCCAAGUGGUCCCUCAUCAAGGCAAGACAAGACUUGAACGGCUCAUACAAAGAAGUCUGCUGCCCGAUGUUUGAACGAUGCCGUUUUCUUUUUUACGAACUGCGGCCUGCAGUCAGCAGAGAGCUUAGGAUUAUGGAGAACCUGAAGCUUAUCGGUGCUCCAUCCCGAUGGAAGACCGCUACGCAUCAAAUCAUCCUUCAGCAAAGAUCUGAUAAAAAAGCAUCAUCCAGUGGCUCCUCUGAAGAAAACUCAUCUGUUUCCAAAGACAAGGACUCUUCUGAUGAAAGUCAAACUGAGGUGCUAGAGAGCCUUGACAUGAAGCUGGAAGCUGCCGGGACAGCAUUGAAAAAGUGUUUGUCUGAAGGGAACCAACUCAAGCAGAACGUGGUGGACCACAGUCAGUUGUUGAGCCAAAUGCUCGAGUUUGUGACCCAGGAUCUUGAUGUUGAGCUCAUCAGGAAGGCCAUGUACUGCCAGAUGGAGAGAGCCAAGACAAGACUACAAGGCUUGGAAAACAUUCUUACCCUGUUUGAGAAAUCAUCUUUGCUACCGUCUGUUAAGUAUAAGCUUCAAUCUGGCUGGCAGGGACUACUCCCCAUUGGAAAGAUACCAUGGGAAAGGCCUGUCCAUUAUUUAGCGAACCUGAACCUGAUUCCACCGCAUCAGCGCAUUUCUCUCGAGUUGGCAUCAGCACGGCUCAACCUUUGGGCUGUUAGUGAACUGAGAUCAUUGCUUCUGGAGUUCUGCAGCACUGAAGAUGAGAACCUGCCAGUUGUGGCUCACUCAUCUCGACAUCUUGUCUCAAAGGCGAGUAUGGAAAGUGCUUGCUCGGGCUGCAGCGGCACACUCUCUGCACCGUCUCGCUUCCUGCUUUCGGCUAUCGGUCUGCUGUCAGGAGAGCACCAAAGCCGGAGCGUCAGCCUUUUGCUUGGCUCUGGUGUGUUGGCACAUCUGCAGACCCUGCUUCGUGCGUUGGGCCCCAGGCCAACACGCACACCUCACGAGAAGAAUGUGAGCCUCUGUGCAGUGCUGGAAGACACCGUACGAAAGCCGCAGCCUCCAGCACCUGCUCCGAGUGGGCUGGAGCUGGCUUCUAUGAUGAAAAUUGGCACCAGGGUAGUCCGUGGGGUCGACUGGAAAUGGGGAGAUCAGGAUGGUCCUCCUCCUGGAGAAGGUCGUGUGAUCGGUGAGCUUGGUGAAGAUGGCUGGAUUCGAGUGCAGUGGGACAAUGGCUCCACCAAUUCCUAUCGUAUGGGCAAGGAAGGAAAAUACGACCUCAAGUUGGCUGAACUUCCUCCGCAGCCUGAAGUAGAAUCAAGUUCUGAUUCGGAAGAUGAGGAUGCAACAACCACUGUACCAGCCGCACAGCACCCAUCAGUGUUGCUGCAGCAGGGCUGCUACACGCUUCUGCGAGCUUUGUGCGUGUCUUUGGGCAUCCACUCCAGCUCGGUUCAUCCCAAAGCCACCGCAGUCAUGUCUGGGCUUCUUAGAUCCAUCAUUGCUUCAGGUGUGAUAUAUUCAUCAUUCUCCCCAUCAGGAGUGGUUUCAACUGCGCCCCUGUGGAUGCUUGUGGAGCAGCACCACGAGUGGGCCACCCUAGGUUUUUUGCGUGGAGUUUGUGCCACCCCAGCCUUGUGCCAGGCUCUGAGCUCUCCACCAUGGGUUGCACUACUUCUGAAUGUGGCCUCGGGACCUUGCAGUAGGCCACUCAGUGAACUCCCACUUGCCUCCUCAUUGGUGCUACCUACUCAGAUUCAAGCUCUUCGGGUUCUAAGAACACUGCUCCUCUCAUGGACAUCCGAUGACUACAGCAAGCUGAGGUUCUCCUUUGUGCAAGCACUGUUUACUCUUCUUGGCAAAGUCAUGGUCUCUUGCAGUCAUGAUCCAACACUGCAUGCAACAGAUCUCUCGUGGAAGGGCAAGAAGAGUGCUCGUGCCAGAGUUCUACUCACAGCGUCUCAUACGAGCACAGUCGCCGAGGAGUGCAUCUCGCUUCUACGCGAGCUGCACACGGUGCUGACUUGGAACGAGCCAAUCAACAAGCACCUGCAGCUGGGAUUGAAAAACAUUUUCGUGGAAACCGUUGGCACGCCCACCGCUGCUGAGACUGCAGAUGCUCUUCUUUUGGAGAAGUCAAACUCCCUGGCUGCUCUGGCUGUGCUUGGAGGGGUGGAUCAUCGUGUACGCCUUGGAGGCACUGUCAACUUUAUCGAGCACCCACACGACAAAGGAACCGUGGCUGGCAUAUCACUGCGGGGCAAGCUACUCGUGCACUGCCACACACGCAACAGCCUUGUCAAGCACUCCCUCGACCAACUGGCUCCUGCUGAAGAAAAUCUGUUCCAGCUGCAGAAGCUUCCUCUGAAUGAUGGCAUGUUGUCCAUUUGGUCCACUCUUCUCAGUCGAGCAGUCACUGUCUUGCCCAAGCUAACCACCGAUCUCCUGCACCAGUUUCCCAACACUGGCGAAGGCACCGCUUCGGGUGUCAAUGUGCCCUUGCUUGUUCAGCAGCACCUGUUGCUUGGCAUGAUCUGUGCCACCCAAGUACUGACCACACAGCAACUUGUGUUGAGGCAAGUCUUGCUUCAAAAUGUGCCUACAGAGCAGCCGCCGCAGCUUGAGCACCAACACCAGGCAGCAGCAGCACCAGUGGCACUUAACGACGAAGAUGAUGUUACAGCUGAAAUGCAUUCUCCCAUCACCCUUAUUGAGCAGGUCAUGGCCACAGCAACACAACCAUCCCCUCUGAGGCCUGUGUUUGGGAGGCAUGAGCUUGAGGCGGCAGCCAUUGCUCUUGUCCAAUUUCUGAUAGCCGAGGGAACACGAAAAAGGCGGUCUGCUCAACUGCUUGCUGAACUGGAAUCUGCCGCUGGUGAAACAGUGGAGCACGAGCCGGUGGCAGACAGCCCUAUGAGUGAGGAAGGGGCUGCCGCUGACCACUUCGGCAAUGACGGGGCAGCUAGCCUACAGGCUGCUGGACGGUCACACCGACCAAAGUCUAAGGGCUCCUCAUCGCGGCGAUCUUCGCUGUCUACUCUGCAUGGUCCUGCUGCAACAGCUCCAGCAUCUUUGCCAAUUGUGCGCCAAAUUGUGGAAAUGGGUUUCCAAAGACAUAGGGUGGCCAUGGCUCUCAAUGCUCUAGCUGGAUCGUUUCACGUCAUGCCCAGCCCUGAGGCUAUUGUGGCUUGGCUUCUGGAACACCGGAAUGAUGUUCCUUCUGUCUCAGACGACGAGAGCAUUACAUCUCUGGACAACUGCUCAGAGUCCGACUCAUUCUCAGACGACCUUUAUGAAGAAGACGGAGGUGGUUCUUUGCCAGAGGCACCACCAAGCACAGGCUACCUCUGCCGAGCAGAUUUCACCAACAACGAUGACUAUGCUGUCUACGUUCGCAACCACAUUGCACCUGGCAUGUUGGUGCAGUGCUGCCGCACAUAUGAGGAAGUCCACGAAGGGGACAUUGGCCGAGUUGUGGAGGUGGACCACGAUGGCCUGCAUGACCUGAACGUAUUGGCAGACUGGCAACACAAGUGCGGUGUCUACUGGGUGCGGUACAUUCAUGUGGAGCUGUUGGGAGAUUCGCAACAGGCAGUGGCGAGCCUUCCCGCAUCUUCGUCUGCUCUCAUGCAAGCUUCACAGUCACAGUCGCCAGCCCUGCGCGCUGGAGACCAAGUGCGAGUGCGGCCCACUGUUAGCCAGCCCAAGUACAAGUGGGGCUCGGUGACACGCUCCAGCAUUGGCACGGUCACCAAUGUCAGCCGCAAUGGCCGUGACGUUACUGUUGACUUUCCACAGCAGUCGAAUUGGAUGGGGCUGGUCUCUGAGAUGGAACGUGUGUCUAUCAUUCAUGAGAACGUUGUCUGUGACGGAUGUGAGACAUGCCCUAUAGUGGGAGCACGAUUCAAGUGCCGUUUCUGCAGGAACUACAACUUUUGUGAAAGGUGCUUCAAAACAAAUCAGGUCCACAAGCAUCCCUUCAAUGAAAUAUCCAGAGUUGGCGCACUUCCAACGUAUGGAGGGUACCCAGGAGAGUGUUCUCGUAAGAAGAGGUCGCUAGACAGCGAGAGCCGGCACGGUGGCCCUGCGGCCUUGCUCGACAAGUGGGGUCACUGUGUCAAGGCCCUGACUGUCUCGUCAAGCGAGAGCAAUGUCAAUUGUCUCAUUGACGGGACUCGGUCAGCCUGGCAGAGCUGCGGCCCACGAGGAAAGCACUGGAUAAGAUUGGAGAUGCACCCUGGCAUACUGAUUGAGCGUCUGUGGAUGACGGUUGACCCAGCAGACUCGAGUUACAUGCCUUCACUGAUCGUUGUGAGCGGUGGACCGUGUCUCACUUGGAUGUCUGAGCUGCGCAUUAUCCAUGUUGAGUCUACAGACAGCCAGAUCACUCUCCUUUCCGAAAUGCGAGAGUACUACCGGUUCAUAGAGAUUGGAAUUCGAGAGUGCCGAAGCUUUGGCAUCGAUUGCAAAGUACACGGCCUGUCAAUCUUGGGGCGCCAUCGUGGUGAUGACGAAGACUUCUCGCCGACGUUUCCGUACCUUGCUUCGGACUGGGAAGACACUGAUGAGGCUGUUGUGGCCACACAGCAGCAAUCACAGAGAGCUACCAGAGCCUCGGAGAACUUCAAGGACUUUCAGACUAAGGUCUUUGUCUGGGGCCUCAAUGACAAAGAUCAGCUAGGAGGACUGAAAGGUUCAAAGGUGAAACUGCCUCAAUUUACGGAAGCCAUUUCAUGCCUGAAACCAUUGCAUAUAGCUGGAGGCUCAAAAAGUCUUUUCAUUGUUUCUCAUGAUGGCAAAGUGUACGCCUGUGGCGAAGGCACCAAUGGGCGACUUGGUCUUGGUCAUGGCAACAAUGUGUCCACACCUCGUCAACUGACAGCGCUCGGCCAAUACGUGGUUCGAAAAGUGGCUGUUCAUUCUGGGGGAAGACAUGCUCUUGCAUUGACCGUGGAUGGAAAGGUGUUCUCUUGGGGUGAAGGAGACGAUGGCAAGUUAGGCCAUGGUAACCGAAUGAGCUGUGAAAGACCCCGUCUCAUUGAGGCUCUGAAGUCCAAGCGGGUGAGGGACAUAUCCUGUGGGAGCUCCCACAGUGCGGCCAUCACUUCCAGUGGUGAGCUCUACACGUGGGGACUCGGCGAGUAUGGCCGUCUAGGGCACGGUGACAACUUGACCCAGCUAAGACCAAAGCAGGUGGUGGCACUGUCUGGGCAACGCAUCGUGCAAGUGGCAUGCGGGAGCCGGGACGCUCAGACACUGGCCCUUGCCGAGGAUGGCACAGUCUACUCGUGGGGUGACGGGGACUUUGGCAAGCUGGGACGAGGUGGAAGCGAAGGCUGCAGCCUGCCCCAUGCUGUAGAACGCCUGCAGGGCUUGGGCGUCUGCCAGCUUGAAUGCGGGGCGCAGUUCUCACUUGCGCUUACCCGAUCAGGACAAGUGUGGACCUGGGGCAAAGGGGAUUACUUCCGCCUUGGUCAUGGCACAGACUUCCAUGUUCGGAAGCCACAACUGGUAGAAGGCCUUCAGGGGAAAAAGGUCAUUCAUGUGUCUGUCGGAGCCUUGCACUGCCUUGCUGUGACUGAUCAAGGCCAGGUGUAUGCCUGGGGUGACAACGACCAUGGGCAGCAAGGCAAUGGCAAUACAACAGUGAACCGCAAACCUGCCUUGGUGCAUGGUUUAGAUGGAAUCAAAGUCACACGAGUAGCUUGUGGCUCCUCACACAGCAUCGCGUGGAUGACGUCAGAAUCAGCACGCACCAAUGGUCACAACCCGGUCCUCUUCGCGGUGGCAAAAGACCCUCUUGGAUCCUCGUCACUCGGCCCUGCCGAUUCUGCAUCAGAAAUGGCCGCAGAACAAGAGAGCUCCCAAGACACCAGUGCACAGUCAAAGCGAUGCAAAAUGGCAAGACCAUCUCUUACGAAGAUUCUUCUUUCACUUGACGGCAUUGAGGCCAAGCAGCAGGCAUUGCACCAGGUGCUGCAAGCUCUCCAGAUCAUGCACGCAAGGAGCAUAGUGGUGAGUGCCCUUUUGCCUCACACGGGUGUGGCACAGCUGUCUUCAGGCAGGCCAGCAUCCUGUGAAGCAACAAGCAGUCAGGCAGAGGAUCUGCCUCAGGCAGCAGCUGCGCCAACAGAGUCUGUCAAGGCUGCAACUGCUCCAGGAUCAGGGGAACCCACAGCUGAUGCACACGAGAGCCCGCCACCUGGAAAGCCGCCUAAUGCACAGGAAGGCCUGUCUGGGUCAGAUGGAAGUGAAACUCAUGCUGCCGAGAUGAUUUCGUCUGUACCUUCACUUCCAAGCUCUGGAAGCCUGUCGUCACGGAUGUCAUCUGCUGCGGCGAGUGUGUUUGCAGCUACAUUCUCUUCUUCGGAACAGGUGACACCGGCAGAACCGGAAGCUAUCCACUCGCUUCUCGAUGAAUUUACUGCAAGGCUAACAGCUGAAGAUGCACGAGCGCUCGUUGACCUGCUGAAACUGGCUGUUGCCGGGCGUUCCGGAGAAAAGGCGAAGGAUGCCAUUGCAGACGUCCUCAAGGCAAUGGCACAAGCAAACCCACUGGUUGCUGAAAUGCUACUUGAGAUCUGUGUUACAGAACUUGAGGAUGUGGCAUCAGACAUUGAGUCCAGGCGCUCAGUACCACUUCCUGUUGUACAGGAGUCCAGCCAUCCUUACACUGAUGACACCACAUUGACAGGCCACGUUAGGAUUCCAGGGGCCGAAAGUCUACAGAUUGAAUUUGACAGGCAGUGCUCUACAGAAAGACGCAAUGACCCACUUUUCAUCAUGGAUGGCUCAGGAAGAACUGUUGCUACCAGAUCAGGCCGAGAAUGGUGCAACUGGUCCCCUGAGGUGCGAAUACCGGGCAACGAGCUCCACUGGAAGUUCACCAGUGACAGCUCAGUCAAUGGAUGGGGCUGGCGUUUCACCGUGCACCCAGUGGUGUCCCCUGGCGGCACAGGAGGCGACAGUCUCUCCGACCGAGCCUUCCUCUCCCGCCCUUCGGUGGAAUUAGUCGUUUGCCUGCUUGAUCUGCGCAGUUGUGCCGAUCGUGCAAUCGCGUCUCGACUGGCAGCUGCACUUGCAGCCUGUGCUCAGCUCAGCUACCUUGCCCCCUCACAAAGGAUGUGGAUACUCCACCAGCUCAGGCAGCUUAUGACGGCUGGAGUGGGAAGGUCGCUGAAUGUGUCUCAACUUCUUGUGCAAACGCCGAGCAAUCCAGACCUGUCUCCUGAACAGCUUCCUGCAUUAAACCCAAAUGGUUCCAGUGACACAGCUCUUGUGUGCCUACUCAAGGCCCUUCCUGAGACACUGCUCCGCCAAUUUGAAUAUGAAGAUCCUAUUGUUCGUGGUGGGAAACACCUGAUGCAUAGCAACUUCUUCAAGGUCCUAGCAGCCUUGGCAUGUGACCUUGGGCUUGACUCCCUCCCUUGCUCUGGCGACAGUCACCGCUGGGCCUGGUUUCGACGUUACUGUGCUGCCUCUCGAGUCGCAAAGGCUCUUGUGCACCGUAAUCCUCUGCCAACUUCUUUUUGCCUUGAGGUGCGCCAGCGUAUUCAGGAGCUGGCACAUGACCCAUCCGAUACAGCAUUUGUGAACGACCGGGAAACGGAAGAUGAAGCAGCCACAUUUAGGGACCAUGAAGACCAGACAUUCUUCAAGCAAGAGCAUGAUGAGCAACUGAUCCACUGGGUGAACAGACGUCCUGAAGACUGGACUCUUUCCUGGGGUUGGAGCGGCACCAUUCUGGGCUGGGGCCAUAAUCACAGGGGCCAGCUGGGUGGUGUCGAAGGUGCCAAGGUCAAAUUGCCCAUGCCAUGUGAGGCACUGAGUGCUCUCCGUCCUAUACAGGUGGUGGGAGGCGAGCAGACACUCUUUGCUGUCACUGCAGACGGCAAAGUGUAUGCCACAGGUUAUGGAUCAGGUGGAAGGCUGGGAAUCGGCGGCACUGACUCCGUAUCGUGCCCAACACUCCUGGAGAGCCUACAGCACGUGUUCAUUAAGAAAGUUGUGGUGAACUCGGGAGGGAAGCACUGCCUUGCCCUGUCAGCUGAAGGGGAAGUGUACUCCUGGGGAGAAGGUGAUGAUGGCAAGCUUGGACAUGGCAACAAGAGCUCUUGCGACAGGCCCAGAGUGAUCGAAAGCUUGAGGGGCAAGGAAGUAGUGGAUGUUGCCUGCGGGGGCGCACACAGUGCCUGCAUCACUGCCAGUGGUGAACUCUACACGUGGGGCAAGGGUCGCUAUGGACGACUUGGACAUGGGGACAGUGAUGAUCAGCUCAGACCAAAGAAGGUGGAAGCUCUUUCUGGGUGGCGAGUUCGUUGCGUGGCCUGUGGCAGUGGUGACGCUCAAACACUAUGCGUGACAGACGAUGACUGUGUAUGGUCCUGGGGAGACGGGGACUAUGGAAAACUCGGGAGAGGUGGCUCUGACGGCUGCAAAGUUCCACUUCGUGUGGACCUCUUGCAGGGCAUGGGUGUGGUGCGGGUCGAGUGUGGCUCCCAGUUCUCGGUGGCUCUGACAGCGUCGGGCAGUGUAUACACCUGGGGAAAAGGAGACUAUCAUCGUCUUGGACACGGCACCGAUGACCAUGUUCGCCGGCCUAAGAAGGUAGCUGCUCUGCAGGGCAAAAAGGUCAUCUGCAUUGCUGUUGGAUCGCUACACUGCGUUGCGUGCACUGACACGGGAGAGGUCUACACAUGGGGUGACAAUGACGAGGGUCAGCUAGGUGAUGGUACUGUCAGCGCCAUCCACAAGCCUCGCCUGGUGGCUGCAUUGCAGGGAAAGAAGAUCAACAAGGUAUCCUGUGGUUCUGCACACACUGUGGCCUGGUCUACGUGCAACCCAAGCACGGCAGGUGCUUCCGGAAGAAUGCCUCCUGCUGUCCCGUUGGAAUAUGACCUGCUUCAGGAUAUUCCCAUACCAACACUGCGCAAUCGUUACGCAUUGCUCUACCAUUUUUCCGAGCUGUUCUGCCCCUCACUCUCUAUGUUUGAUCUUUCGGGCUCAAGUGAAGUGCAGCAGGAAGGACUCAAUCAACUCAGAGGCCUGCUGGUGCUCUCUGGAAAAGAAGGUGCCUUCCGAAAAGUGGUUCAGGCCACUAUGGUUCGGGAUCGACAGCAUGGCCCUGUCGUGGAGCUGAAUCGCAUUCAGGUCAAGCGUUCGAGAUCGAAAAAUGGAUUAGCGGGACCCCAUGGAACGAAGUCUGUCUUUGGGCAGAUGGUGGCAAAGAUGUCAUUAUUGACUCAAGAGAACCUGUUGCUGCCUCAUCGUGUGUGGAAAGUCAAGUUUGUAGGUGAAAGUGUGGAUGACUGUGGGGGAGGCUACAGUGAGUCAAUAGCCGAGAUGUGUGAUGAGCUUCAGAAUGGCUCCCUUCCUCUGCUGAUCUUGACUCCUAAUGGUCGUGAUGAGGCAGGGACCAACCGUGACUGUUUCUUACUUAACCCAGCGGCAACACUGCCGAUACAUCUCAACAUGUUCCGCUUUUUAGGAAUGCUCAUGGGCAUUGCAAUUCGUACUGGUAGCCCGUUAAGCUUGAACUUGGCUGAACCUGUAUGGAAGCAGUUGGUUGGUCUUCCUCUGACACCUGCCGACCUUAAUGAAGUGGACCGAGACUAUGUGCCAGGUCUCAUGUGUAUUCGAGACAUGGAGCCAGAGGCAUUCCAGAAACUGGACAUGCCCUUUGCAACCCACAGUGCAACUGGCCAGGAAGUUCGGCUUAGUGCCAAAUACCAGAAAGCAACUGUGGAAAACCGUCCCGAAUAUGUGCGGCUUGCUCUCAACUAUAGGUUGCAUGAGUUUGAUGACCAAGUGGCAGCAGUGAGAGAAGGCAUGUCAAAGGUCAUCCCUGUUCCAAUGCUUUCUUUGUUUACCGGCCAAGAGCUGGAAACUAUGGUUUGCGGGAGCCCCGAUAUUCCAAUACAACUACUGAAAGCUGUGGCUACAUACAAGGGUGUGGAGCCGGACAGUCUGCUGGUACAGUGGUUCUGGGAUGUCAUGGAGGAGUUCACUAAUGCGGAACGGUCUCUGUUCCUGCGCUUUGUGUGGGGACGCACUAGACUGCCUAGAGCUAUCGCGGACUUCCGAGGAAGGGACUUCGUGCUUCAGGUUUUGGACAAGUACAGCCCAGCAGACCAUUUCCUUCCCGAGAGCUACACCUGCUUCUUCCUCUUGAAGAUGCCGCGAUAUUCCUGCCGUGCCGUGCUGCGUGAAAAACUGAAAUAUGCAAUCCACUUUUGCAAAUCAAUCGACACCGAUGACUACGCUCGUGUGGCCCUCGGUGCCGAGGACGACGUGGAUUUGGCAAGUUGUGGGGCUGCCCAGUUUGUAGAUGACAUGCCACACUUGGCCAUGGAAGAAGGGCUCGCAACGAGCGACAGCGAGGGGGCUGCUGUCGAGUCUCUGGGAGGGGCCUCUGACGAGUGGAACAGCGAGGCCUGACAGUUUUUAUCAAUUGCAAUCCGGUUGAUGUAUUUGCAGUGAUGCCACACUCAGAACGUGCACACUGCUCACUAGCGAGUGAGAGGAGGCAGAUGUCGAGGAAAGCAAUCUAAAUAUUAUUUUAAGUAUGUAAUGUUGCAUUGAGAGAAGCAUGGUAGAAAGAGCUCUCUUAGCUAAACUGCUUUGUUCGUGCUCAUAUUUGUGUAGAUUUGGCAUUUUUUGGUUCGUCCUCUUAAGUGGCGUGUUUGUAAGCAGUUCCUGCUUAUUCUGUGCAGAACAGCACAGAAAAAGAAUGUCUGUACUAUUGAUAAUUGAAAAAAUUUUCACACUGGGAGGAACCAUAAAGUAGUAGGCUGUUACGUAUGGUGAAGCCAUUCUGCAUUUUUGCAUCCGGUCACCUUUGUAAUGGGCAGUUAAGCAUGCCGCUGCUUUUUUAGUCCCUGAGAAAAUUUGUGGCUUUUAUUGGUCCUCACCACAUAAGAAAUGCAGUGCCAUGUUACUGGAAUGAAAUGGGCAAAGACUGCUUGCAAGCAUGCUGCCAAACAAGGCGACGCUUCAAAAUGCCACCUCUAUGCAAAUAGAAAUAAUAGCACGAAAAAUUUUAGUUUUGUCAGAAGAGUGAUGUAUGCAGGCCACCACAUUAUCGUUCUUGCUAAGCCAUGCUAUGUUUUCUAUAAAGACCUUGGCAGUGCUAAAUUUAGCUUUAUAUUAAUUGAUAUUGCACUGUAAGCCAAGAACAACUGUUUGUCAUAUUCAGGACAUUGCGAAAGAAAGAGUGUGUAGCUAUAAUGCAGCGGAUAGUGAGUUUAGCCUGUUGUUCAUGACAAUGUGCAACCUGUCAUGUUUCAUUUUAUCUCAUUCUAAUCAUGAGGCAGUAAGAAACUGUGCCCUGUUAUUACACAAUAAUUCAUUUUCUAUUUUAUUCACAUGUAAUCAGGAGCAUCAUCUUAUGAUAAAUACGAGUGCUUUGAGCUUUACGUCGGCUAUUUCAAGCUGCGACUGUGAUGAACAUUACAUUUCAUAGAGUCUCUAUGGUCCGGUGCAAGCAAGCUUUUGAGUUUGAUUUCGUUGCUGUCCUACGCUGAUCUCAUUUGUGAAUAGUGCAUUUCUGUUUAUUUCAUGGCAAUUUUAGUGCGACUGUAUGUUUCACAUGGUGACCAAAUGUGACGCAGCGGAGUUGUACGAAUUCUUUGAAUGGCUGCAGUUUGUCCAUCGGUGUUCACGGUUUGACAUUAGAGGAGACCACUGGGCUCUGUCCAAUCAGCGUGCUGUGCUUUUUGUAGCAUGUUUCACACAUUGUGUGUCAUGUGCUCUGUGUGUAUAUGGUUUAUGCACAAAUAAAUUGUUGCUUGACAAAUA